AUGACGAAUUUUCCGUCACCAUAUGAAAAAGUACUUCCACAUAACAUUAAACUCGAUAAAAUUCCUGAAUAUCAUGAAAAAGAUGAUACAUGUGAUAGAGUAAUUGGUUCUCUUGUCGGUCUUGCUAUUGGUGAUGCUCUUGGAGCUAGUGUAGAAUUUCGUCCUCAACAAUAUCUUGCCGCUAAUCCAAUCCGUAAAAUGGAAGGUGGAGGCACAUGGGGUCUUGAAGCAGGUAAAUGGACAGAUGAUACGUCUAUGGCUUUAUGUCUUGCUUCAUCAUUAAUCAGUCAACAUGGAUUUAAUCCUUAUGAUCAAAUGGUUCGUUAUAAAUGGUGGAAUAAAUAUGGAUAUUUUUCAUCAACAGGACAUUGUUUUGAUAUUGGACAGGCAACUCGUCAAUCUAUAAGUGAAUUUUGUGAUCGACAAAAAAUUCUUAAGAUACAUUAUCGUUGUCGAAACGAAUUUGAAGUUGAUACAUUAACAUGGGAUUCUGUUAAACGCAUUAAAAAUUUUCAUAUUGAUUGUGGUGAUAAAGAUUCAGCCGGAAAUGGAGCUCUUAUGCGUCUUGCUCCUAUACCAUUAUUCUACUUUCGAACACCUGAAAAAGCAAUUGAAUAUGCUGCUCGUAGUGCUUCUAUUACUCAUGCAAAUACAAAAGCAAUUGAUGCAUGUCGUUAUUAUGCAGCACUCAUUAUUGCUGCUAUUUGGAAAUAUACUAAAGAUGAAUUACUUGAUCAAGAUUUUUAUUCGAAACAUCGAUCAUGGUUUGGUGAAAAAUCUCUACAUGAUGAUAUUUUACAGAUUUGUCGAGGAUCAUAUAAAAAAGGUGGAUAUGAACAAGGUAUUAGAGGUAAAGGUUAUAUUGUUAGUGCUCUUGAAGCUGCUUUGUGGGCUUUUUGGUCAGAUAAUGAUUCGUUUGAAAAAGGAGCUUUAGCUGCUGUUAAUCUUGGGGAUGAUACAGAUACAACAGCUGCUAUUUACAGUCAAUUAGCUGGAGCUUAUUAUGGAUAUAGAAAUAUUCCAAAAGAUUGGUUAGAAAAACUUUAUUCUCGUGAUUUGAUCGUCUCUAUGAGUGAAUGGAUUCAUUAUGAAGGAAGUCAACUUAAAUUUGAACAUUUUAAAGAUGAAAAUAUAUCAUCAAUAGAAACAUUAAUUGAUAAUGAUAAACAUUCAGAGAAAAAACAUCAACAAAAUAGAAAUUCAUCAUUAACAUGUCAACCAAAUAAUUUAGAGAAAUUAAAUAAUCGAAAGAGAAAUAAUUCAAAUCAAUCGAUUAAUUAUGAUCGUUCUUUAUCAUUAGAAUUAUCUACAAAUACUUCGAAUAGUUUAAUGUUAUCAUCUAAUGAUGUUAAUAUAGGAUUUUCAAGUUUGAAAUCAUUUACUAAAAAAACUCAACAUGAUGAUAUUACAAGAAAAGUUCAUGAAUAUCCGUUUUAUCGUANCCUAGAAUCUUUUUUUUCAUAUGAGCAGAUAGAGAAAUCAUUUCUCUUCCCAACUACAUCAAAAGAAAAAUUUUACUCCUUAAAAUAA